GGCGGGAAGCCCAGGGCCCGCGCCGUCUCCUUGCUUCUCGGGGUCGUCGACUUGCCCCCGCAGGGCGGAGGAAGUGUCCCCGGCGGUUCCACGCGCGGGUGUGCGCGCGGGAUCCUAGCUGCUCCAGUGCGUCCUCGCCGAGACCGCGGGGACCGAAGUAGGAGCCAUGGGCGGGGCCGCCAGCACCCGCCGGGUCACCUUCGAGGCGGACGAGAACGAGAACAUCACGGUGGUGAAGGGCAUCCGGCUUUCGGAAAAUGUGAUUGAUCGAAUGAAAGACUCUUCUCCACCUGGCCCGAAGCCUCGGCGGUAUUCUGGUAUUUAUGGUACAUCAGUUUCCGAUGAAGAAUUGAAAAGAAGAGUAGCUGAGGAGCUGGCAUUGGGACAAGCCAAGAAGGAUUCUGAAAGUCAGCGGCGACUACAGCAAGCCAAGGAGCUGGAGCGAGAGAAGGCUGCAGCCAAUGAGCGGUUAACCAGAGCCAUUCUUCAAGAAAGGAUAUCAAGUGAGCAGGAGCGCUCGAAGGCAAAGCACCUGGCUAAGCAGCUGGAAGAAAAAGACCGAAUGAUAAAGAAGCAGGAUGCAUUCUACAAAGAGCAGCUGGCUAGACUGGAGGAAAGGAGCUCAGAGUUCUACAAAGUUACCACUGAGCAAUAUCAGAAAGCUGCUGAAGAAGUAGAAACGAAGUUCAAGCGGUAUGAGUAUCAUCCGGUCUGUGCUGAGCUGCAGGCGAAAAUCCUCCAGUGUUACCGCCGGAACACCCAGCAGACCCUCAGCUGCUCCGCUCUGGCCAGCCAGUACAUGCUGUGUGUCAACCAUGCCAAACAGGGCAUGCUAGAGAAAGGAGGAUAAAAUCAACUUUCAGAACAUGCAAACUUCCCUCAACGUUAAUUCCAGAGGCGGGACAUUUUUUUUUUCCUAAUGAGAGAAUAAUCCAAUUAAGAGAGAAGAGAAGCCCCAGAAAAAUGAAUUGGGCAGAAGCAUAUCAUGUUUUGAUCAGCAACACUUUGUGAAGCCAAGUCCUACAUCAGGGAUCAGUUAUCAGAGGAUAUACUGAGAAUGACGAACCCCGUUUGUGAUGAAUAAAAGAGGAGGGAAGCCCUCUUCGCCUUUUUUGUACUUUC